GGGGCUGCCAUUGGGGUGGCCAUGGUGCUGAUACUCUUGGUGGCUAUCCCCUUGCUGGUGCACAGCUCCAAAACCACCUCCCACUAUGAGAUGUUGGGCAGCUGUCGCAUGGUCUGUGACCCGUACACUCCCCAGACCCACGGGGCAGCUUCAGCAGAGGCAAGCCAAGAACUGGCUCUCAUCUCACCACCGCCUUAUGUGUCCGGAGGGAAAGGAGACCCAGGGAGGAAGGCCAAAUCUGGAAUCCGUGGGCCACCAGGGCCUCCAGGGCCACCUGGGCCCCGAGGUCCAGCUGGAGAGCCAGGGAGACCAGGUCCCCCAGGCCCACCGGGUCCAGGUCCUGGAGGUUACAUCCCAUCUUUCUACAGCCCUAAAAUUGCCUUUUAUGCAGGACUGCGGAAACCACAUGAAGGGUAUGAGAUCCUUCGUUUUGAUGAUGUGGUGACUAAUGUGGGAAACUACUAUGAACCAUCAAGUGGCAAGUUCACCUGCCCUCUACCUGGCAUCUACUUCUUCACCUACCAUGUGCUUAUGCGUGGUGGUGAUGGUACCAGCAUGUGGGCAGACCUGAUGAAGAACGGGCAGGUCCGUGCUAGCGCUAUCGCGCAAGAUGCUGACCAGAACUACGACUAUGCCAGCAACAGUGUGAUCCUGCAUCUGGAUGUAGGUGAUGAAGUCUUCAUCAAGCUGGAUGGAGGGAAGGUUCAUGGUGGAAACACUAACAAAUACAGCACAUUCUCUGGAUUCAUCAUCUACCCAGACUGA